GGUGACGCUAUCAGCGCGCGCCGCCUAGCUGCUCUUUGCCGCUGUGUGGAAGGCGGCAAUCCGUACGUCACCGCGAGCGCGACGAGGGAGCGACGGUCGGGCUCUGAGGAUGUAAGUAGAGGGGAGAGGCGGUAAUCCGCCGCCAUCUGCCCCGGUCCGGUUGCAGUUAGCCGUGACUGCGCCCGAGUGUGGCAAGAAAAGGUUCCCGGACGCUGGGGGUGGGUCUGUGAGGGAGGUCGGCCCCGCGGAGGAGCUCGAGGAGCGGGGAGGCCUUGGCUGGAGGGGAGAGUUUGGGAGCCCUUAGAGGCGCUGUGUGGGGUCGGUUGACUGAAGCGGCAGAGCCGAUUUACUCCGCCCCUUCCCGUUUCCCUCUUUCUCCGUGUCGGGCGAGGAAAGCUCGUCUCGCCAGCUAGGCCCUGUUGAGGAGGGGUUUCGUUUCUCUUCCCUCCCCGCCCUUCUCCCUUGAGGGGUCUCCCAAACUUCCUGGAGCCCACUCUGAAAGUCUCCUUCAAGCCCCCUUAAUUGCCUGACCAGUACUGUGCACAUUCAAGUUGCGUCCUUCUAUUAUUAUAUUGAUCGUGUUAUCUAUUUGAUGUUGGAAAAGACAAUCCCUUAUCCAAGGAAAUACAGGAUGGAGUUUAUGGUUCCUCUCUCCCUUACCCCCGUUUUAACCUCAUAACAGCCCUGUGAGAUAGGCCUGUUGUGAUCCCUCAGACUGGCCAAGGCCACUCCGUUGAGCUUUGUGACUGACCAGGGAUUUAACCCUCUUGCUUCUGUAAUGCUAAGUGUUGCACCACACUGGCCCCAUUGGUUACCUCUUAAACCUUGGCUUCCAGCGUGGGGAUUCAUUCAGUGGAUUCUCAGAUAUGGCUUUAUGUUGCAGCACUGUGGUUGUACGAUUCUUACUUUGAGAUGUAACCUGUUGUCCAUUCAGCCUGCUUGCAGAGCUAGUACAGGAUAUAGCUUGUAUCUGGGAAGCUCAGGUUCAAAUCUCUGGUCCCUCUUGGUCUUAGAGGGUGGUCUUGGUCUUAGAGGGUCUUCUUGGGAUGGUGGUAGUGAAGAGCAGUAGUGUGGCAGGUGCUAUUAUAAUUCACUUAAUAUUUCUUUAUCAAUAGCAAAGAAAUUGCCUUUCAAUAAUAUCAGUGAUUACUUAGACAAAUAUGCAAGUCCACUGAUAUGUUAAAAACACUAAGACUAAAAACAUUCACUUGAUUAUGUACCAAGUGGCUUUUCACCACAGUGAAGUAAAUGUACUGUAUUGCCCAAACACAGUAAGGUAUACAGGUAGCCAUUCUGCUAACUUUGUGAACAUGCUGAUAAGAGUCAGUUUGCAAAGUCAGUGAUUCCCACAGAAAGACCUCUAGGCACCAUUGAAGUUUGUACACAAUAUUUCUUUCUUUUCUUUUUGGGCAGUACUGGUAAGCUUGGGCUUGGUGUUCCUGGUCUUAAAGCACUGAGGAUGUGAUAUACAGCAGACAGUUCUCUUUUACUGAGGGUGCACUGAUUUCUCUUAACCACCAAGUUAAUUCAAGACCUCAUUUAACCUGAACAGGUUCUUUCAAAUUGUUUUUGUACCACUUAGAGAGUGGGUCAUGAAAUGUGGAUAUAGAGGAAUAAUACCUUUAAUCCCAUUUAAUUUCUUUGUUGAUGAAAACAUCUGCUGGAGUACGUCCUACUGCUUCUUCCGAAAAUGCUCCUGACUGCUACAUAACACAGGGCUACAUUCAGCGUUGUCAAAGCUGAAUGGCUAAGAAACUGAGAUAUCCAGACACAGGUUUUCUGAACUUGAGUUCUUCCCUAGGGCAGGGAAUAUCAUUACACACCUAUGUUUCUACAAUAGCUGUGAGUGACACAAAAGCAAGAGCUGCUUUCUUGAAUGACUCGUGCAGAAAUACUUAACCAGAGCUUCAAGUGAAAAGCUAAGCUUGUGGGAAUAGUCUUCUGCUAUAGCAGAAGCAGAGUGGUAUAACAGUAUGUGCUUUCCCUUAUGUUUGAACUGCUUCAGGCACUUGCAAUUUAAGUUACAGACACCAGUAGAAUAAUGGCCUGUUGGAGCUUACUUUGGACCUUCCCAAAGGGUUAUUUGCAUAAGCACAUUAUACACAGUUUGUGUGUAUAAUGUGCCUGAGAGAAGUCUCAGCACAUGAAAAUGCAUCUUUAAUUUUAAUCCAGGUUGCCCUCCAUAAAGUAAUAGUUCCAAGUGUUAAUCUUAACGAUGAUAAAACAUAUUUGUCCUUCGUACGUCAAAUGUACAUCAAAGCAACCUUGCUCUCUCAGUGCCUGUUGAGUUACUUGAGCAUAGCAGUAUACAGGAAUUGAACUACAAGGAUGAAAAGCUUUGUUUUCAGAGUUUCCACCCAUUUCCCGUAGAUUGCCGUGAUGCUGGUUCGCUAGAGAAAAAUACAUACACUUAAUCUGAAAUGUACAGUACCCUGUACUCUACCAUUCUAAAAUAGUCAUUGUUUUUAAUGUAUGACUUUAAAACACCUUGGGUUCUAUACUGAGGGGUAGAAUUAAAGUACUUGAAAUAAGCCAUAGCUACUCUCAGACUACAGAGACACUCUUGAGCCCACAAUGUGUGUAACCCAGGAGAAGGCAAUCUAAGGCCCGUGGGCUGGAUGCGGCCCAUCGCCUUCUCAAUCCGGCCCACGGAUGGUCCAGGAAUCAAUGUGUUUCUACGUCAGUAGAAUGUGUCCUUUUAUUUAAAAUGCAUCUCUGGGUUAUUUGUGGGGCCUGCCUGGUGUUUUUACAUGAGUAGAAUGCAUGCUUUUAUUUAAAAUGCAUCUCUGGGUUAUUUGUGGGGCAUAGGAAUUCGUUCAUUCCCCCCCCCAAAAAAAAAAUAUAGUCCGGCCCGCCACAUGGUCUGAGGGACAGUGGACCGGCCCACGGCUGAAAAAGGUUGCUGACCCCUGGUGUAACCCAUAAGGACUUGCUGUAGCUUAUCUGGAAUAGCCAGCAGCAUUUCCAACUGAGGUUCUUUUAUACCACAGAUGGGAAAUGGUGGCCCUCCAAAUUUUGUUGGUUUGCCAACUCCCAUCACCCCGACCAUUGGCUAUUCUGGCUGGGGCUGAUGGGAGUUGGAGUCCAAGAACAUCUGGAAGACCACAGGUUUUACCACCCCUGUUGUGUGAUCUGAGGAUAGGGUUUUGCGCUGUGCUUCUGCUCUGUUACAUUUAAUAGUCUCUGGGAGUGACCCUGGAGCUGAAAUUGCAGACUUAACUGCAGCACUCUGUAUCAAUACAAAAUAAAGCUUAGCAGUAGUAAUGAGAAACUGCAUUAAGAAUUUAGGAAGAGCAGUAGAAAUUCUUAUAAACAAUUAAAAUCUACUAUAGUUUUCCUGGGACUUAAAAUGCUUUCUUGCUACUACUGUACCACAAUGUCCUGUUGAGGUACCUUGCUUUCUAUUGCAGAGGUAGCCGACGUGGUGUUCUCCAGAUGUUGCCAGACUGUAACUCCAAUCAUCCAUGAGAGUUGGCUGUGAUGACAGGCUGAUGGGAGUUGGAGUUCAAUUCAUACGGAGGGCACCAUGUUGGCUACCACUGUCCUGUUGUAAUGCUGCAUAUCUUAAGGAAAAGUACUAAGAAAUUCAGACUGGAAACCUCUGUGUGCUUUGCUGUGUGUUCUUCCUCCUUUUGAAGGGUGAUUAGAAAGAAAAUUCAAAUGCUCUGUGUAAACACACUCUUAAGUUGUUCAGCAGAUGCUAUUUUCAAAUGGGUAAUAACAAGCCACACAGAAGUGUGUGAACUAUAAUGCUUUGCAUGAAGCUUGUGCCUUUUCUUGUGAAGUGGGUUUUCUUUUCCUCUGCCUAUAUGUUAACUGUCUCAUAUCCCUUUUAUCUUGUCACUAGGCUGCUCUUUGGAGUUUAUUGCAUUCGCUUAGGGAUCGUUUCUCAGAAUCAAGGAGUUAGAAGUAAGCUUUCAGAUAAGUGAGCCCCCCCAAAAAAGUGCCGCUUUUGGACUCGGAAGGGGAAAAUGGAGCUGUCAGGAAUGAAAAAGAAGAGUUUGCUAGGAAUCAAAGAAAAUAAUAAAAAGUCCAGCACUAGGUAAUAAUUGUCUGAAUGUUCAAGGCCUCACCCCUCUUGGGGGAUCUGUGCAGACUCCUAGGGAUUUCCCAUCAAGCAUGAGGAAUUAGAAAUGCAUCUUCCCUCCUUUUCAUAAUCUCCAUAUAUUCCACACCAUUGGCUUUCUUUCAUGAAGCCGCUCCAUAGUGUAAACACUGGGGAUUUGUCUCUUAGCAUCUUUGUAGCAGUGACAUUUCUUGCUUUUGUUGCAACUGAAAUUGCGGGAUUGGAAAUUAAGUUUCUGAACCUUCGUUCAUUAAAGGGCUCCCUCUCCUACCAAGCGCAAGGACCGUACAGAAGAAAAGUCCAAGGACAGGUCCAAAGACAAGCCAGCUACAAAGGAGUCAAGCGAAAAGGAUCGUGGGCGUGACAAAACUCGCAAGAGGCGCAGCGCCUCCAGUGGUAGUAGCAGCACCAGGUAAGCAGAGUCAGGAAUUCUUGGGUUUCUGAAGGCCGUUUCAAGGACCAGGCCUUCCCAAGGAUUCUUAAUUGGCAGUUAAAAAAUGAUGCCGCCAUGCUCAGACAGAGGAAACCUUUUAACUCUUCAGAUGUUGGAUACAGGGAUGGAGUUGUGGUGGCUGUCUCACCAUGCCCUACUUGUGAGAUUCCCAGGAAUGUAGGGCAGUUAAGCUUGAGAACUUAAAAUAUGCCCCUUGAUGUGAACCAGCAGGUCGGUUGUAAGUUGAGUGAAGCAGUAAUGCUAAACACAUACUUGACUUCAGGUCCUCUUUUCUGAUUGAGAUAUUGGGGGUUUGUGUGUGGUUUCGCACAGGAGGUCUGUUUGCACCCUAAUGAUCUGUUUGGAGGGGAGGCCCUUCUUGGUGUUCAUCUUUAGAAGAUGUGUGUCCUGCAUUUACAAAGGGGUGUGUGUGUUAUGGGCACUUCAGCUGUGGAACACCCUCCAAAGGGAGGUAAUUUCAGAGACUGUUAAAAGAUUUUCCUUUGCCUGAGCAUUUUAGAUGGUGGCAUUUUUAGUGGGUUGAAUGGUUUUUCUCAUUCUUCAUGAAAUUGGUUUUAUAAGGUAUUUGUAAUUUGAGGUGACUUUUGUAUAUUGCUCUGAAAUCUGUUUUUCGACAAAGGACCAUUUGUACAAUAAGUGAAAUGAUUUAGAAAGAGCAUCACCUCUGCAUUGGGAGGUGGCCAGGUUUGGGUUGGAACUGCAAAAGACAAUGGUGUGUUCUUUCCAACACCUUCAAAAGUUCUUGGGGGUUAUCGGGAGAACACCCUUGCUGCCAUUAGUCUCUUGCAUGACACCUUCUCUGCCAGGUCUCGCUCCAGUUCCACAUCCAGUUCUGGUUCUAGCUCCAGCACCGGCUCCAGCAGUGGCUCCAGCUCCUCCUCCGCGUCAAGCCGCUCUGGGAGUUCAAGCACAUCCCGCAGUUCCAGCUCCAGCAGCUCAUCGGGUUCUCCAAGCCCAUCUCGACAUCGGCAUGACAACAGGAGGCGUUCCCGUUCAAAGUGAGUCUAGAUUACCGGAGGCUACUGGCUAUUUUAUUUCCAUUGGCCUUGAUACGUGCUUCCUGUAAGACAAGGGUGGGGAACACUUUUCAGCUCAAAGCCCAUGUUUCUUUCUUGGGGAGGGGCACAUGCUAGCAGUGGGCCAGAGGCAGAAGUGGGUAAAAUAGCCGAUUGGCCAGUUCUUUGCCUUUUGAAUCUCAUCUUUGGGAACCUGUGUUUUAUGAAAAGGAUGCUUCUAAAUUUCAAACUUGGUGGAUAGUAUCAAAUAAAGGUCCCUCCAAGCCCUACUGAAUUUAAGUUAAGCCUCAAUAGUUACUCACUUUUAGCAUAAUUAUUUCUUGCAAACUAUAAAUGGCCUGUAGUUGUUGCACCAGCCACUUUAAAAAAAAACCAAAUUUAGCAAGGAAUACAGAAUAAGAUCAUUGGUGGUUUUUUUUGUCAUGCUGCAUGAUAGGAGUUAAUGAAGAGCUUGAGUUGCAGAUCCAUACGUUUAAAUUUUUGUUUGACACUUUUUGUUUAUUUCCACAAGGUCUAAACCGCCUAAGAGAGAUGAAAAGGAACGGAAGAGAAGGAGUCCAUCACCCAAACCUACCAAAGUACAUGUUGGGAGACUCACCAGAAAUGUGACGAAGGUAACAGAUGCCUGUUGUUCACUCAUACCCAGAAAGAAGUAAAAAGGCCAAAGAGGGUAGGGAAACAAAAGCCCCCCAGAACCAAUGGUCUGACUCAGUAUAAGACAGCUUCCUGUAAGUCCAUAUUGAAUAUGAAUGCUGGGAAUGCUGUUGACCAAGGGUCCCUCCCAGUAUUGAUACACUAGAUCUCUAUAGGGGAGAGUGCUGUUGUGCUCAGGCCCUGCUUGCGAGAGCCUUGACCCCUGUGAGAACAGUGUGCUGGACUAGAUGGGCCACUGGCUUGGUCCAGCAGGCUCUUCUUAUUCUCCUAUAGAUAUAGCUGAGUUAAGUUCAGGUAACCUGGGAAGCAAAACUGUUGAAGCGUUUCAAUAUGUAAUUGAAUGGUCUUCACUCUUUUUGUUCAAAUCCAGUUAAAGGUGGGUGGGUGGGUGUUGCUGCUGCUGCUGCUGCUGCUUCCGCCGCUGCCCAUUCAGUGUUUUGUUGUUAUGAAGAUGGAAGGUAAUGAACAUUUGCCAUGAGCGUUAAGGAGCUUGCUUUUCCUCUUCCAGGACCACAUAAUGGAAAUAUUUUCCACUUAUGGAAAGAUCAAAAUGAUCGAUAUGCCAGUCGACAGACUCAACCCACACCUCUCAAAGGGUUAUGCAUAUGUAGAAUUUGAGAAUCCAGAUGAUGCUGAGAAGGCACUGAAGCACAUGGAUGGAGGUGGGUUUCAGAAUCUGGCUGCAUUGUUAAGAGGUGUGACUCCUACAUAACUGAAAAAUCUGUAAUUUGAGAUGAUCACGCCAUUAAAGCAAGGGUUUCAGAUUUCCCAAAAGUGAUAUAGGUUCUACCAGCUAGGAGGGCUCUUUGCAGAGCACACCUGAACAAAAUAAGGCUUUUGGUUCUUCAAGUUUUACUCUUAUAAUAAUACAAAUAUAUCAUUUUACCUGUAUGACUUCUUUUUAAAAAAUCAACCUUGUCUGCCAGGAAUAUGGGCUGGUGGGACCUCUGCAACCACAUCCUGUUGGUUUCAGGCCCAAAGUGAGAAGGGUGGAUCAUCCUGAUGAAAAUGGCCCCCAAGGUAAACUGCAUUCUCCAGAAAGGCAGUGGACCUGUGGGCAUGAGCAAAGACCUUGGAAUAAGUUGGCAGCAAUUAUUCCUAAAGAAAGCAGAGGCUUGUCCCAGGAAAAACUUGCAGUCCCAUGUUGGACAUUUAAGAAUUUAUAUUGUAGGUCAGAGGUUACGAAUCUAUUUUUUUCUUGGGAGGGGCUAAUGACGCACAGAGGGAAUCAGUCAGGGAACUGGGCCUGAUCGUAAUAGGUAAGCAAAGUGGUGUUUGUGGUUCCCCAAUGUCUUUUUGGUAUCUCCCUGCAUGUAUGUUUUACUUGUGUAUUAAUAUCUCUCUCUAGGUUCCCUGCUCCCCCCCACCAUUGCCAUAGUUUGACCUUCCCUAGUGAGCAAGAAGGCAGUGGCUACAGGGAGCCUUUGCGUCAAUCCCUCACCCUGCUGAAACAAAUCAACUUUCUGCUUCUGUGAUCUUUAAAUAGGGCAGAUUGAUGGUCAGGAGAUCACUGCCACGGCUGUCCUGACUCCUCGGCCCAGGAUGCCUCUCAGGCGUUUCUCCCCUCCACGGAGGAUGUUGCCGCCACCGCCCAUGUGGCGUCGUUCUCCACCUCGCAUGAGGAGAAGGUAGGUUGCCUUUGUGGAGCUGGGUAAGCCGGAGGGGCUUAGCUGUUCACAGCUGGUAGGAGCUCUGUCCAGGGAGGCAAACUAAAAAGAAGACACCUGCGGUCUCAGAUGAGUCACACCAAGGAUGGGCAGUGACUUACUUCCUGCACUACAGCUGAUGGCGAACAAAGACUGUCCCUACACAAAGUAAUUGAAGGAUAGGCGCCCCCUUCCAGAGCAUUAGCAUCAGUUUGUUUGUAUGCCAUUUUUCCACAACAGUGCUCAUAGUGACUCACAGCAUACCAAAUGUACAAUAAUAAAUCCAGCAAUUUUAUUUUUAAAAAUACAUUAAGAAAUACAUUAGGGGAAGAAGGCAGGUGGAAGUACUUGCGCCAUAAUGGUUCCAACAUUCUCUGCCGUAUAGACCCUUCUCAAGUACUCAUGGGGCAUGUGUCUAAAAUCUCACAACUCAUUCUAAGUUUUAACAUACCGUUAUAUGCCUUAUCUGUUUAAGUCGAGAUUGAUGGAAUAUUUUUAUUGUUAAUAUAAGCUGAUGAUGUGUAUUUGCAAAAAUAAAACACUGUGAUCUAGGAACUGAGAAAAUAUUUAUUUAGUUAUUAUUAUACAGUUGCUAUAUUGCUUUCUGCAUUUACAAAAUGUUAGCAUGCUGAACUGCCUUCACCCUUUAGGAUAUAAGAACUACUCUUGAAUGCUGUUGAAUAAAAAGGGACUAUAUAAGUGUGGAUUACUUUCCAUUACCAUCCAUUUUCCUAACUGAAGCUCAACUCUCUUCCUUGCAACUAUAUUCCCUUUCAGGUCCAGGUCUCCCAGGCGCAGAUCCCCAGUUCGCAGACGGUCACGAUCCAGAUCUCCAGGCCGCAGGCGUCAUCGCAGCCGAUCCAGUUCCAACUCUUCCCGAUAAAAUGUGGGACUUGGCAGCUCCUUGUUUUGUUUUGUUUUUUAAAAAAAACUUAAAAGUGCAUUCAGUUUAAAAAUUGUACCUUUUAAAAAUAAAAGAGGAAUGAAAAUAAAACGAAGGGAAAGCUGAGAAACUGAAAGCUAGCCUAGUGUCUUGGGCCCAGCAGGGUGAACUGUGGACUUUUGUUGGACUUAAAGUCCUUUUUAAAGGGAGCUUUGGUUUGCAACUUCUCAACAAGAAACAUUGUUCUUUUAGACAUGAUACUGUCCUCUUAAGUCCAGUGAAGUCUCUUGUUUUUAGGAUAUGUCAAAAAUAAAUUUAUACUGUUGGAAGAAAGAAAUGGCAGGUUGCAAGAAAACCCUCAGCAAAUUUAGAUAUGGACUGGUUCCUCUCCCCCCACCGCCACCCUCAGCUCUUAGGGAUGUUGGCACAGAGAAAAGCUUUUUCAUAUUCCUUGCUGCUGGUGCAUUUAACCAGCCUAAGAACUGGAGGACUAGGACUAGUGUUCUUUGUAAGUCAUCCCUUCCUUUACUAAAAUGUUUUUGGUGCAUUGUUCACAUGCCCUGUCCUUCCCAAGACCGAUGUAAAUGCUUUUGCUUUUAGAAUAUGUGAAACAAAUAGGCAGAAAAGCUGUUUCUCUUGUCACCUUCCUCCUGGGGUGGAAGGUGAUGUGUCGGAGACCAAUUGGGAUAACUAGUGUUCAGUUUGCAAAAGGCCAAGAGAUUUGCAACCUAUUGUACAGUCAUUACUAUAAAGUUUGAUUUUUGUAUACCUUUAGCAUCUUGUAGUCAUGUUGUUGGUACUUGUGUGGAAUGGCAAGACAGAAUAAACCAAUAAGGUUUGGAAUAAAUGUGUAUGGAUUCUUUUGUA